AUGCGUUUUUAUUCAGUAGUAUCAUUACUCGUUGUAUCCAUCUGCACGUAUGGUGUAUCGGGUGUGCCGGUGCAAAUUGAUGCACGCGACAAGAGCUAUGUCCCUGAACAAUACCCUCUGAAAAUGAAUGGUCCUUUGCCUGAAGGUGUAAGCGUCAUCCAAGGCUAUUGUGAAAAUUGUACCAUGUAUCCCGAAGAAAACAGCGUAUCAGCGCUCUCAUCAUCCAAACAAGAUUAUCGUACGGCAAGCGAGAGUGAGAUCAAGACACAUACAUUUUACACAGCGUUGUCAGCCAAUGCCUAUUGCAGAAAUGUGAUCCCUGGUGGUCGUUGGAGUUGCCCUCACUGCGAUGUCACAUCAAACUUGGAGAUCACCAAGACUUUUAGCACGCUAAUCACUGAUACAAACGUCAUGGUUGCUGUUGGCAAAAAGGAGAAGACCAUCUAUAUUGCUUUUCGUGGUACAAACUCAAUUCGCAACGCCAUUGCAGAUAUUGUCUUUGUACCAGUGGAUUAUCCACCUGUUGACGGAGCCAAAGUACACAAAGGAUUCCUUGAUAGCUAUAACGAGGUUCAAGAUCAACUUGUAGCCGAGGUCAAGAAACAGCUUGAUAAUCAUCCAGGAUACAAGAUCGUCGUCACUGGGCAUUCGUUGGGUGGUGCAACAGCCGUUCUUUGUGCCCUUGACCUUUAUCACCAUGGCCACCACAACAUUGAAAUCUAUACGCAAGGGCAACCUCGUGUAGGUACACCAGCAUUUGCAAAGUACGUGAUUGGCACCAAGAUUCCAUACCAACGUCUUGUCAAUGAGCGUGACAUCGUACCUCAUCUUCCACCUGGUGCUUUUGGUUUCCUUCACGCCGGCGAAGAGUUUUGGAUUAUGAAAGACAGCUCGUUGCGCGUAUGUCCAAAUGGCAUUGAGACUGAUGAUUGCAGCAACUCCAUUGUUCCUUUCACCAGUGUCAUUGAUCAUUUAAGCUAUCUUGACAUGAACACUGGUCUUUGUUUAUAG